AUGUCAGACGAAGCAGGAUCUUCAGUUUUCCUUGAAGAUGAAACACAUCAAUAUAAUCAUGAUAGCCUAAGGAUUGUGAAAGAUUUAUUUGCCGGUACAACUGGUGGUAUUGCCCAAGUUCUGGUAGGUCAACCUUUCGAUACUACGAAAGUUAGACUUCAAACUUCCACAGCAGAAGAUAUUACCACAAUGAAAGUUAUCAAAGAUUUAGUGAAACAUGAAGGAUUAAAAGGUUUUUAUAAAGGUACCUUGACACCAUUAAUUGGUGUUGGUGCUUGUGUAUCAGUGCAAUUUGGUGUCAAUGAAUAUAUGAAAAGGCUUUUGAAAACGUAUAACAAAACUUAUAAAGGCAUUGAUUCAAAAAUUUUAUCAUUACCGCAAUACUAUGCAUGUGGGUUGACUGGUGGUUUAGUUAACUCAUUUUUAUCAUCUCCAAUAGAACAUAUAAGAAUCAGAUUACAAAUACAAAAGAAUUCAGGUAAGAAUGCAGAGUUCAGUGGACCAUUAGAUUGUAUCAAGAAAUUGUUGAAACAAAAGCAGUUGAUGAGAGGUUUACCGGUCAUGAUGGUUAGAGCAGGUCAUGGUUUAGGUGUAUAUUUUCUUGUAUAUGAAGCUUUGAUUGCAAAUCAAAUCAAAAAGAAAUCUAUCAACAGAGAAGAUAUUAAAUCUUGGAGAUUGUGUUUAUACGGUGCCACUGCAGGUACGUUACUAUGGAUUGCAGUUUAUCCAAUUGAUGUUAUUAAAUCGAUUAUACAAUCGGACAAUUUAAAGAGUCCAAAAUACGGCACUUCUUUAUUUAAAGUAGGAAGGCAGCUGUAUCUAAAGGAAGGUUUGCCUGUAUUCUUUAAAGGUCUCCUGCCAACAAUGCUUAGAGCCACUCCAGCUAAUGCAGUUACAUUCACUGUUUUUGAAACUUCCAUGAGAUUGAUGGGUUAG